AUUCGCUCCUCUUCUCGCACUCGACAUCAUCUAUACGCUGUUAAAUACGUCUCCAUCAUAUUAGAGGGGCUGCUAUAUCCACAUCGCACAUUUAUAAGUACGGUGCAACGCCGAGCCAAGGCCAGAGAAGCACUUGGCAAGACAACUUUUCCAGCCCAGUUCUUAGGCCACAAACAUGACGACGGAAGAAAAUCCAUCUCUGCCCAGCCCGCCGUUCUAUGCAGUCGCCAAUAUUGACAACCUCCGCGACGCUGCAUUGUCCGUCAGGACAGCGUCUGGAGCGGGGAUACGGCCAAAGAUACUCUUUCGUAGCGCCGAAGUAUCCAAACUUGACUUUGAAGGCUGGAAGGCUGUGCGUGAGCUUGGCGUCGCGCACGUUUUCGAUCUUCGCUCCAAACCCGAAGUCGACAAAGGCUGGGCAGGCAUCGUGGGAAAGGACGCAGAUGGAAGUGGCGAUGUACGGCCUGGCUGGAUGCAGGCCAUGGAGCAGGCCGGAGUAAAGAGAACGUGGGCCCCUGUGUUUGAAGAGAGUGAUUACUCGCCGGAGCGGCUGGCGGAGAGGUACUCCCAGUACAUGGACGAAGCUGUGACUGGUUUCGUUGAGGCGUACAGAGACAUACUGCAAAACGGCGGUCCUGCCUUUGCGCAGAUACUCAAGUACCUAGCGAGCCUUCCGCCUCCUGGAAAGCAAAGCGAUCGAGGUCAAGAUAACGUGCUCGGCGCCCUGGUUCAUUGUACGGCGGGUAAGGACCGUACCGGCAUCUUCUUCGGCCUCCUUUUUGACUUCCUGGGGGUCCAGCGAGAUGAGAUUGCGAGCGAAUAUCAGCUCACCGAGCUGGGGCUACGUCACAUACGCGAACACGUCGUCGCACGGUUAACGCAGAGCCCCGGGUUCAAUAAAUACAUGCUCUCACAAGCUUACGGUACUUCAUGCUCGAUGGAUGAUAUUGCUGAAAGUAUCCGAAAUGACACCGAGACAAACACGCCAGUCGGUAUUUCGGCUGAUGCAUUGGACAAGGGAAGGCAAGCCGCGCUGCGUAUGAUAAGCGCAAAAAGGGAGAGUAUGCUAAAGAGCCUUGACAUGUUGGACGAGCAGUUUGGUGGUGCCGAACGAUACAUGAAGGAUAAGUGCCACCUGAGCGAUACAGAGCUCAACAACUUACGCACAAAUCUCCUUGUACAUGUGUAGCUCUCCUUAGUACAUAAAUAUACUAUGCAAGGGCUAUGAGCCAUAACG